UUGAGUGCUUUGUCACCCUUUCAAGAUGCAGAAGCGCAUGCUCUGCAGCCUCCUCUCGGCUCUGAUCAUGUUGACUGGAGUCCCUGCUUGUGUGGAUGGAUGUGACUACAAAAUCUGUGGGGCCCACGCUCCUGGGGACAUUGUGAUUGGUAUACUGUGGCCAUGUCAUCAGAAAGUGAAGAAUCUUCACGAACGGAUCAGACCUGAAAGCUUCCACUGCUCAGAUUUCGAUCUACAAUCAUUUAUGAUAUCCCUGGCUGCAAUCCACGAAAUUGAGGAGAUAAAUGCAGCUGGCUUCCUCCCAGGAGUGCGCCUUGGGUAUUUGAUGUGUGACACAUGCACGUAUGCAAGCAAAGCAUUGCAGAACGUGGAGCACAUGCUCGCAGUCAACAACUCUCUAAAUGUGAAGUGCGACUACAGCGACUUCAGGCCCACAGUCAAGAUUUUUUUAGGAUCAUUGUACUCUGAGGUGUCCAUUGCUGUGGCCAGACUGCUGACUGUGUACAUGGUCCCUCUACUGAGCAGCACAUCAUCUUCACCAGAACUCAGUGAUAAAAUGCGCUACCCAGUUUUUAUGCGCACUAUUCCCAGUGAUAAGCAUCAGACCAAAGCAGUGGCCAAAAUGAUGCAUCACUUUGACUGGAACUGGGUGGGGGUUGUGUAUGGGGAUGACGAAUAUGGCAGAGCAGCUUUCCAGAGCUUUCUCAGGGAUGCUGAGGAAAAUGAUGUGUGCGUGGCCUACCAGGAGAUGUUGCCCCAAUACCUUGGUCAUUCACUCAGCAUGCAACUUAUCAAGCAGGUUGCCCAGCAGAUCCGCUCCUCCAGUGCCCAGGUGGUGCUGCUAAUCCUCAAGGCAGAGCUGGUGAAGGUCCUCUUUGAGGAAAUGAUCAGGACCAACACAUCAAGAACCUGGAUAGCCAGUGACGCCUGGUCUCGGGCCAGGUUCCUUGCCCAAAUGGAUGGCAUCAACAAGGCUGGGGACAUAUUGGGAAUUACCUUUGCUUCAAGCAAGAGCGAAUCAUUUGACAAUUAUCUGAAGAAUCUUACAGCAACCCCAGGAGGAUAUAACCAUUUCAUUGAAGAAUACAAGAAUCUGAGAUUCAACUGCACAUCAGAAUGUUUCUCAAACCAGCCUCCUUCCUACUGUGCCACACCUGACCUCCUGAAAAUAAAAUCUGGCAAUGCAUGCAAUAUCAAGGAUCCUCAAGAACAAAAUGAUGAUUAUCUUGUAAAGACUCUCGAUACAAGUGAAGCCUUCCCUAACAGAAUAGCAGUGUGGGCCAUAGCAAAUUCUCUCAAAAAGCUACUAAAGUGCAAUAAUUCAUUAUGCUUGGGAGAAAUUAACUUCCCACCAUGGAAGGUUCUUCAAGAACUGAAGAAGGUUCAGUUUGAGUUUGACAACCAGAAUUUCUUCUUUGACGAAAAUGGUGAUUUUGUAAGUGGUUAUGAUCUGGUCAUGUGGGAAAGAGAUGGACGCUACAGAAGAUUUCAAAGGAUUGGGAAAUACCUUGUCCUUAAUAAGCAAAUAGAACUAGAAGUGGAAAAUUUCAACUGGCUCUCAACAGCCAAUACCACGACCCCUCAGUCUAGAUGCUCAGAGCGUUGUGCCCCUGGCUCGGUAAAGAAGAUCUUAAACGUAUCCUGCUGUUAUAAUUGCACCCAAUGUACGGAGGGGACCUAUUCAGAUGCCUGGGAUCUUCAUGCCUGCAAAAAGUGUCCCAGUGGAACUUGGUCUCUCAAAGGUUGGACUCAGUGCAAGCCAAGAUGGGAGUCCUACCUGCACUGGUAUGAUCCUCAUCCCAUCACCAUGAUGGCAGCUGCAGCCUUUGGCAUCUUGCUGUUGUUUGUUAUCUUCAUUAUGUUUUUGGUGUACCGAAAUUACCCACCUAUGAAAAGAGCUGAGGUGAGAUUGUCCUGUGUGAUGAUGGCUGGUCUGGCAGUGAGCUUCGCAAGUGUGAUAUGCUUCAUGGGCAAGCCCAGUGUACACCUCUGCCGGGCCCGCCAGCUGAUGUAUGCGAUGGGCUUCACCCUGUGCGUGUCCUGUAUUCUAGUAAAGGCCUACCGUACCUUCCUGGCUUUCCUUCCCUUUGGUCAGAUGACAAACAGACAACUACACAAACUUUACAAGCCCCAUGUAAUUGUCUCUGUCAUCACUGCUCUGCAGGGAAUAAUCUGUCUUCUCUGGAUGAUCUUUGAUUCUCCUGAUAUUGAUGACACACCUCCAUCCGCACAAAGCAUGAAGAACAUAAUCCAGUGUAGUGAAGGUGCCACAUACAUAGGAUUUGGUAUUAUGUUGAGCUACAUAGCUCUGCUAGCAUUGAUUGGCUUCCUCUUGGCCUUCAAAAGCAGGAAGGUGCCUCAGGAGUUCAGUGAAACAGGCUACAUCAUUUUCAGCAUGCUGAUGUACUUGUUUGUAUGGGUGUGUUUUAUCCCAGUCUAUAUCACCAACAAUGAAGAAGGCACUGCUGUUCAGGCUUCAGCCAUUCUAGUAUCCAGCUAUGGCAUCAUCUUUUGCCAUUUUUUACCCAAAUGCUAUGAAGCACUUUUCGGGUCCAAGACCAAUACAUUAGAGAGGAUUCUGAAGAGAUGGCGAGCCCAAAGUCCAAAUCUUGAGUCAGAGGGAGGGAUAGAUAUAGAUACCCCCGGAAUGAACAUACCAUCACUAACGAGUGCCAGGUUUUCCAUAUCAAGUAUGACAACUAUAUUGAGGAGCUCAGAGACACUAAGCGAUGUCACCCCUACUGGUUCAGAAUUGGUCAUAGUGCCUAUGUCCAGUGAAAAGAUUCGUGCCUACCCUCUGUCUAACAGGCCAAGAACAAAAAUGAUAAGGAGACGACGCAGGAGUAUAUCCUUCUAAAACUGGUUCCUGAAAAAUUUUAUGUACACUAAUAUUCAUAUAUUAGUUUCCCUUUUUAAAAUCUAUCUUUUGUAAUAUAUUUUGUAUGUAUGUCUGUAAAUCCAUGUAAAGUUAAUAUAUGAUUUCUGCUGAAAACUGUGGUGUUCUUCAAGAAAAAAAAUAAUAAAGAAGAUGAGUCAUUUGUACUGUAUACAAGGUAUUAAAACAAAGAUACUUUUUAAAUGCCUGUUGUUGACAUGGUAUGUAAACAACAGAGCGGGUCGUUUCUUAAUCGGAAUGUUGUGGGUUCGAUCCCCAGCUCCUGGUACCACAUGUCGAAGUAUCCUUGAGCGAGAUACUGAACCCUGAAUUGCUCACGAUGCUGUGAGUGUGUACGAAUGUUAGUUUCUGUUCGAUGGACUAUGCCAUCACUGAGUGAAUAUGUGUGAAAGGGUGAAUGUGGCACAUAGUGUAAAAGUGCUUUGAGUGGUCGGAAGACUAGAAAGGAAAGUACAGGUCCAUUUACCAUUUACCAUUAGUGUAUAUUCACCUGAAUGUAGUGUGAAUUGUUGUGUCUUCGGUACGUUAGAAUGAUCUUGAAUGAUGAAGUUUAUCUACAGAUGCUGCGGGAAGUGGUGGAUUAAGGUGGUAAUGGGUCCUGUAUAUUAAAAUGACUUAAGGUGAAAAUAUACAUCGCUAUUUUAUUCUAUUGAAAGCAUUAAUUUAUCAUGGAUGUUCAAGUAUACAGGGAGUAUCGCUGUCAAAAAAGUUGGAAACUCCUCAUUUAAAGGCUGACAAGUAGCCUGUGGAGUUGGUACCUUGUAGUCUUGUAACCAAACAGCCAUUUUUUUUUUUUUUGCAUUAAGUGCAUUCUCACUAAAACACAUUUAUGCACAAAUUUGAUGAAUGUGUUUUCAUCUUCAUAAAAGAUCCACAUUCACUAGCUUGCAGCUUCCUUAUUCCCUGACUUUUCUGGGGCAUUAAAGCAGUUCUUGGCACUUUACCACCACUUGUAGAUAAAUGGAAUAAUGUGAAACCCUUAGGAGGACUGUGUAUUGUGUCACCUAUGCAUGCGAUAAACAAAAGGGAAAUUAAAAGAAAAAACUAAUUGCUCCAUAGCGCUACUAAAGGUCCACGGGGAACCUUUAACAGACACUAAAGGACUGCACCAUAUUUAUAAUACUCAGAGACAGGAUUUCACAACUCUGGCAACUCUUUCUUUGCAACAAUUGUGAGAUGAACAACCUUUUCAUGUUCCAGACUUAUCCACCAGUAAUGUGGGCUUGCAUGUAUUUGAUUGGUUUUUGCAGUGUAUUGGCAAAAGUUCAGCUUUUGUGGUGUGAUGACCCCUCCUACUUUUUCUGUGUGUUUCCCCUUCCUCUGUGCAAGAGAGUGGCACGGGUGUGGCUGGAGGAUGAGCUACACCUGAGUUAACUUGCUCGCAGAUUGCUAGGCUAUAUAGGGAGCUGAACCUGUUAGUUAUGUCUCUCUCCUCCCAGCCAGCAGGUUAUUGGUUUGUUUGUGUUUUGGGUUUACUUGUUUUUCACAUUACCUUUUUUACCUACACCGCCCUAGGCCCAUAUCCACACACUCACUACGCUACUGACAACACUGAUUUACAUAUUUUUAUACUUGGUGUAUAGUUUAAUAUUGGUUAAAUAAAUAUAUUUUGUUUUAAAAACCUUAA